CCAUUCAGUUUGUGCUGUCUGAUGAGUUCAGUCAUAUGCGGCCAGAUCAGCGCCAGGCACUGCUCCAUGAAGGCACUGGGCCCAGAGUCAUCAGCGCCUUUGUGGAAAUCAUCUUUGACAACUCAGACAACAGAAUUCCUAUUGAAAAAGAUGAAGUUGUGUUGAGAAGAGUCAUUGGCUCCAAGAAAGAUCAGUACUUCUUGGACAAGAAAAUGGUCACAAAAACCGAUGUCAUGAAUUUACUGGAAAGUGCUGGUUUUUCUAGAAGUAACCCCUACUACAUUGUCAAGCAAGGAAAGAUAAAUCAAAUGGCCACAGCACCUGACUCUCAGCGUCUGAAGCUACUUAGAGAAGUGGCAGGGACCAAAGUUUAUGAUGAACGUAAAGAGGAGAGCAAUGCAAUUUUAACUGAAACAGAUGGCAAGAGAGAAAAGAUUAGUGAUCUUUUAAAAUACAUAGAGGAAAGACUAAACACCUUGGAAGGUGAAAAGGAAGAGCUGAAAGAGUAUCAGAAAUGGGACAAAAUGAGAAGAUCACUAGAAUACACAAUCCAUGAUCAUGAAUUGAAAGACACUCGCAAAAAGUUGGAUGAG